AUGAGGAGGAGCACAUUUCCGUGUUCCUUUUCCUCCUCCUACCCCUCCUACCCCUCCUCUUCCUCCUCUUCCUCUUCCAUCUCGGCGUUGGCUUCUUCUGGGAAGCGCGUUAUUAGGAGCAAAGAAAGACCAAAAGGGGUGGUGGUGGUUCAAAAUCAUCGCUCGCCUCGUUACGAAGAACCACUUUCACGCUCCUCUUCCUACCAGUCUUUCUCUUUUCAACUCUAUGGAAGGGGAAGGAGAACAUAUGUUUCUCGCGCGCGGCGAAACGACGGCGACGAUGAAGAAGAAGUAGAAAAGGAACAACAACAACAACAACAACAACAACAACAACAACAACAGAAAAAUGUAAUCUUUCAAGAUAUGCUCGAAGGACGCGUUCGAGGAGGUUCCAAGAUGUUGAAAGGACCAUCGUCUGGAAUCGGAAGCGUGCUCGAUAUAGCUCAAUAUCGAAGUAAAUGGGACGUUCCCUGGGGUGGAUGGACAGUAUUCGGAGGUAUUGUCGGCUGGUUAACGAGCUUUGUUCUCACGGCGGCAGUCUUAGUUCCGCUCUUCGUCUCGCAAGCGCUCGGCUUAGACCGAAGUCAGUUUGAUGUCGAGCAACAGGCGCAGUAUUUAUUACUGGUCCAGGUCGCUGAAACGGUGAUAUCUUUGGGCAUAGUAUACGCGUGCGUUGCGAAAUAUAAAGACGAAAUGUUUUCGAAGCCAGAGAACGAUUGGUUCAGGAUUGAUUUUUCGCAUCCGCUGGACACGAGUAAAAACGGCUGGUUGGUAUACGGCAUCAGCGGUUAUCUGCUGACCUUUGUCGUCGUCGCGUUGACUGGAUUUGCGAUCGAAUCUACGCAAGAAGUUGUACAAUCUAUACAAGACAGUCAAAUUGCAAACGAUCCAAGCUCGACGAUCGAUGCUAUAUCCGCGGCAUCGGCUUCAGCUACCACGGCGAAAGUUCAAGAAGCUGGAACAAUCGACGGCGUCUUACCGUUGAUUAAAUCAGAAGACCCAGUGGCUGUCGGAUCUCUGCUCGCAGUGACGAGCGUUUUUGCACCUCUUUUAGAAGAGACUGUUUUUAGAGGGUUUUUAUUAGCCUCGCUCACAAAAUGGCUGCCCGCUCCAGGCGCGGUUGUGUUUUCGAGUUUCAUUUUUGGAUUCGCGCACCUGGCGCCGAGAGAUUUUCCUGAACUCGUUGCGCUUGGGUGCGUGUUAGGCUUUUCAUACGUACGAACGAGAAAUCUCCUCGUCCCUAUGUUCAUCCACUCGUGUUGGAACUCGGGAGUACUCGUACUCGUGCUUGUUGCGAUACAUUUGGGGGUCGCUGACGAGCUGGGCAUUCCCGGGUUUUAA